AAAAAGUGCGCGAGGUGUUGCCUACGCCCGUAGCCUGGGAUUUCGGUUGGAGUCAAGCAACGUCAGGUAUCUCACAAUAACUAACUAAAAAGAGACAAAGACUGGUAUAAAAUUGGAAGUUGAGAAAUCUAAAGAAGAAAUUCUGAGCCCCUUUCAAGUUCUUGCUGCCAUUCAGAAACGUCACUCAAAAUAUUAUAUUCUAUGUAAACACAUUUGCCAUGUCCUCUUAAGCUUUGUCAAAAAUUAAUGUAUUUGACACAUGGUCGAGAACCUGUUUGUUUGCAUCUUAUGGAACGCUGAAGUUCGUUUUCAGACAGAGAUGAGAUAUAUCAACAGGAAAAAGAACAAAAUUUAUAUCAGAAAUUCCAAAUUUCUGAUCGGCAGGGGCAGUUCUAGCGAACACAUUUUAUAUCUUGAGAUGUCAUUCAUGUACUCACCAAUCACAUGCAACAUCAAAGAAUCGUGGUAAACAAACCACUGGUCUCUGGUCAGUCAAUAAAGCAUUAGGUGCUUUUACCCAUUGGAUCACCCGUUAAUAGGGUCUGAUGGGUAAUCAGCAAGUAAAUUUUAGAGUUUCUUUUGGAAUUAGUUCGAUUCAAUAACAGAGUAGCGACUAGGAGAAAUCAUCUUUAUAGUAAUCAACUGAGCACGCGGGUUAUUGCACUUCGAUGGAACUUACAGGGUGUGCGGAGACGUUGUUUAGAGGCUUAAAACGAUUAUCUUCAUUGGCGAUUCGUACCUUGAGGAAGUGUAUUCCUCUUGUCCUCAUUUGCCUGUUGCUUCUGGUAGUCUGGACCUUAUGGAUGACACUAAACAAUAUCAACGAUAAGGUGAUUCUUAUGGCUUCGUCUUCAGUGUACAGUGAGCCUGAAACAACUGCCUCAAAAAGGGAAGAGACAAUUAACUCAUUAGACCAAGAGGUCUAUUCUCAAAAUCAAAAUCUUCGUACAAAAUUGCUUACCAACGCGACCUGUCCACUGGACCCUCUACUUUUUCUUAUUUUGGUGUCGUCGAAUGUCGGGAAUUUUGAUAGGCGUCAGCUGAUACGGAAAACUUGGGGUACCGAUCACUCGAUCGAAACCAAAUGGAAAACAGUUUUUCUUUUAGGGAAGAACAACAAUGAAAGAGUAAUGGAAAACGCUACCGUAGAAUCCGGAGUAUACGGCGAUAUCGUGCAAGGAGAUUAUCAAGAACACUUUUGGAACAUGAGUUACAAAGUUGCGAUGGGAUUCGAAUGGGCGGUCAAAUAUUGCACCUUUUAUUACGUUCUUAAAGCAGAUGACGAUGUAUUUGUGAAUACUCUCGGUUUGGUGGAUUUUCUAAUCAAACAAACAACGCCAAUGAGUAAAUUAUACACCGGUCAUAUCAUGGUCGGCAGUCCUGUUUUGAGAAAUGGAAGAUAUGGAGUUACCCUCGAAGAAUAUAACGAAACCCUUUAUAAGCCAUAUUGUAGCGGAGGAGGUUAUAUCUUAUCCCGCGACGUGGUGGAAACGUUUUCAUCGUAUUAUGACGUGUUAAAGCCUCUUAAAAUUGACGAUGCAUACAUUGGUAUACUAGCAGAAAAAGCUGGAAUUAAAGUGAUUCAUAAUAAAGAGUUUCGUAUGUACGCAGAUAAAUGUGAAUACAGGGACGCUACUUUAGUGCAGCAUCCAGCGCGAGGAGACUGCGCGUUAAUGCUUUACCACAGAAUGAUAAGCUGGAAAAGCAAGAUGUACCGAAAUGGCUCAUGGAAUAAAAAGCAGAGCAAAGUGUGGAUUCUCCUGGACAAUUUUCAGUCUUCAAGAGCUUUUGCUAACCACGGAACAUUGCUGGUAGCGGCUAUGCGACUCGUUAUUCGCUACUUGAGGAAAUCAAUUCCACUGUUUCUGACCUGCAUUGCUUUUCUGUUCACAGUACGAAUUUGGCGAGUAUGGAACGACAUCAAUUUAAACGUCAAUUUACAAGUAACUCUUUCUCCGGAUGAGCUGUCGAAAACGCACUCAAUAGAAUCAAGCAUUCAAUUGGAUGCGUUGGCAACUCAUGCUGUAACCACAUUCAAUGAUCAACUCCAUACUCAUCGCACUAGACUAUUGAGCACGGCAAUUUGCCCCAACUCGCUGUUUCUUCUUAUUUUGGUGUCCACGAACGUUGGGAAUUUUGACAGGCGCCAUUUAAUUCGCAAGACAUGGGGCGCCGAAUACUCGAUCAAAACCAAGUGGAAAACCGUUUUCCUUCUGGGGAAGAACGACAAACACGAUGAAAUGGGCAAAGUGAGGAAGGAGUCCGAAAUAUACGGCGAUAUGGUUCAAGCAGAUUAUCAUGAACAUUUCUGGAACAUGAGUUAUAAAGUUGCCAUGGGUUUUGAAUGGUCUCUUAAAUAUUGCACUUUUGACUAUCUUCUUAAGUCCGACGAUGACGUGUUUGUGAACACUUUCGGUUUGAUGGAUUUUCUAAGCAAAUAUACGACACCGAAGAAAAAGUUUUAUACCGGGAAUCUUAUGGCUGGAAGUGUUGUUUUGCGAAAUGGCAGAUAUGGUGUCGCACCCGAGGAAUACAAUGAAACCAUUUAUAAGCCCUAUUGUAGUGGUGGAGGUUAUAUUUUGUCACGCGACGUGGUGGAAAAGUUUCUUUCGUAUUUUGACGUUUUUAAACCGCUCAAGAUCGAUGAUGCUUACAUUGGUAUUUUGGCAAAUAGAGCUGGCGUAAAAGUGACUCAUAAUAAGGAAUUUCGUAUGUAUGAGAACCGUUGUGAAUACAAGGAAACCACUUUAGUGCAGCAUCCGGCGAGAGGAGAUUGCGCGUUGAAGCUUUACAAUAAAAUGAUCGAAGGUAUAUUGAAUAAUUAAUGUUGGAUUAGAAUUAAAGGUGAAUGUAGGGAAUUAAUCUUAACAACAAUAUAAGGAAAUC